CUCACAAGUGCCGUCAAUGCCUUGCCGGGCUCGCCCAAUGCCACGACCAUCGGGCAGCCCAAUGGUACGCCACUCAAGAGGCAUCGCUUCCUCAAGCUCGUAGUGGCUUGCAAGUGCCCGCAAUAUCUCCCGGGGAAGCCCAAUGCCACUGUAUACGGGCUCUUCAAUGAUGUCCUCAAGUAUUCGGCAAGUACCACGCUCGCAUUCCCGAUGCAUAGCAAGUGCAUCAAUGUCCUCUCGAGCUGGCCCAAUACCACUGCGUCCGGACAGCUCAAU